AUGAGUACCUACACGCAUACCUUCCCUAAAAUUGAAGAGCUGGUCAUCGCUCCCGGCCGGGUAGUGACGCUGCUGGAGGAGCGCGGGGCAUGCACCUGGGGUGUAGCCUACGAGGUGUGCGGAGAGCAGAUUGCUGCAUCACUGCAGUACCUGAACGUGCGUGAAGCUGUCCUGGGAGGCUAUGACACCAAGUUUGUGAAGUUCCACCCGCAGGAUAAGGAUGCAGGCGAGCCCAUCUUGGCUCUUGUUUACAUUGCAACACCACAGAACCCAUCCUACCUGGGCCCAGCCUCUGAAGAAGACAUUGCAGCUCAAAUCAUUGUCUCAAGUGGUUGUGCUGGCCAUAACAUCGAGUACUUGCUGAGACUGGCGGACUUCAUGCGCUACUUCUGUCCUCAAGCAGAGGAUGAACAUCUCUUCUCCAUUGAAGAGGCUCUUAUUUCUAUUCUUCCCAGCCUGUACCACACAGAGGAAUCCCUAGAAGAAACUGCAAAUGUCCCUUCUGCUAAGGGGUGAAGCAGA